GUGAAACUGGCAGUCCCGUGCCGGGUGUCGGAUGGUGCAUGACAAGCAAGUAGGCUAUCCUGUCUGGAAUUAUAUUAGACCUACUUUACGACGUUCAUUAUACGAGAAACUUAAAGCCUACAUUGUGUCGUCGAUAAGUCUUAUGAGCCCUUUUCCUUUGAAAUCCGGACAAAUGAUGCCGCGGAGAUAUUCGGACAGAGGAGACGCCGGUGUCAUUUGUUACGUUUAGCUUAAAAUUAACCAAAGUAGGCUAUUACAUUUUUGUAAUAUUUGCCAACACCACAUUCCAUUCCACUGAGCGACAGUAACGGUAAAAGAAUGCGACAGGCGUUUUUGAGACAAGUCCGUCGGUUUCCGUGGGUCACCAACGUUACACUGUACGGUUGUCUGUUCGCUGGAGGGGACUUCGUCCACCAGUCGAUCUCGCGAGGGGAACAAAUGGACUGGAGACACACACGGAACGUCGCCGUGGUCGCGUUCAGUUUCCACGGUAACUUCAAUUUCUUCUGGAUGCGGUUCCUAGAGCGGAGGUUUCCCGGGAAUUCCGUCCGGAUGGUGGUGAGGAAGCUGCUCCUGGACCAGACCACAGCGUCGCCCCUGGCUACCAGUGUCUUCUACACAGGUGUCAGCAUCUUGGAGGGCAAAGACGACAUCUUUGAAGACUGGAGAGAAAAGUUCCUGAAUACAUAUAAGACGGGGCUAAUGUUCUGGCCAUUUAUGCAGUUUCUGAACUUUGCCUUGGUGCCUCUGUACAUGCGGACCGCCUUCACCGGCUGCUGUGCCUUCGUUUGGGCCACCUUCCUUUGCUUCUCGCGUCAGAGCGGCGAUGGCACUGCCAGUGCUGCUCUGGCGUGGAUGUUCCCUCCUAAAGAGGAUGAAGCAGAAUCCACAAAUGAGAAGGUGGACUCCAAGGAAAAGAGGGGAUAGUAAAGCGACUCCGAUCCGAAGUAUGUAGAAUCAGUGGUUGUGAUGGAGGGGGACAAAAUGUAAA